AUGCACUUCAUGACCAUGAGGGUGCUCAGUGGCCUGGCCUUCGUGCCUGGCGUUUUAUCUGCCGCGCUCUCACCUAUCCCCAUUGACUCCAGAAGUCUAUCGGAUAUUUACGCGGCUGCGCAGAAGGAGAACGGUGUUCUCCGAGUAGUUCAUGGAGGAGACGAAAAAAACCAAGCUGAUGACCUGUUCAAUGCAUUUUCUACAAAAUUCCCGAACAUUAAGGUGAACCACAGCGUCGAGCUCUCCAAGUAUCUCGAUGGCAGAAUCAACCAAGCCUUCCUGCAGAACGAAUUGUACGCCGAUAUGGCUAUCCUCCAGACGUUGCAGGAUUACGAUGCCUGGGAAGAGAAGGGGGUGCUUCUGAACUACAAGCCUCCUUCAUUCGACAAGAUUUGGCCUAGCUUGACCAAUCCAAACGGCGCCUAUCUUCCUAUUUUUGCAGCUAGCUUUGGACCAUUCGUCUUCAAUUCCUCUGUCGUCUCUGCAGGAGAUAUCCCCAAGUCAUAUGCAGACAUCCUGGACCCGAAGUGGAAAGGCAAGAUUGUCCUGACCUAUCCCAACGACGACGACGCCGUGCUAUACCUCUUCAAACUAAUCGUCCAGGAAUACGGCUGGGAAUGGCUAGACCAACUCCUCUACCAAGACGUCCAAUGGGUCCGAGGAACCGCCACACCCGCAGAGAUAAUGCUGCGCAACACAAGCAAGACAAUCUCCUUCACGACCUACCCUCCUGCCGAAGGUUGGAUCAGUGUGGCGCCUGUGUCCGACCCAUACAUGAGCUGGACUCAAACGAGCGCUAUUUUCAAGGACACCAAUCUUCCUGAAACUGCAAAGCUUUUGCAGGCAUUCCUGAUUUCUGAAGAGUUCCAGGUCAGUAGGGGAGCUCCGUCUGUUCGGAAGGAUGUAGGAAACUCUACGAUUUGGGAUGCGAAGAAUACGGAUUAUGUGACGUUUCAUCAGUUCAUGGAGGAUAGGGAUAUUGUUGAGCAGUGGCGGUUUGUCUUUGAGGAUAAGAUUGGGACUGCGCAGGGUCUGAACCCGCUUAUUGACGAUAUCUUUUAG